ACGGAUUUUUGAUACAAAAGGGGAUACACUGAUUCAUUGGUGAAUAUAAUUCAUAGUUUUAGAUUGAAUGACCGUAACGCGACGUACUUCAACACGCCCAGGUUUCGUUUCACUACGACAUCGCGUUGCUUUACGUAAGGCAGGCGCUCCGGUUUCCUGGCGGAGAAGAUGGCGGCUCCUGGACCGGGGGAGUAUUUCAGCGUCGGGAGCCAUGUCUCUUGCCUCACCUGCUUGGGCCAACGUCUGCAAGGAGAAGUGGUCGCGUUUGACUACCAGUCCAAGAUGUUAACUCUGAAAUGUGCUUCCUCCAGCGGCAAGCCGAACCUCAACGACGUCAUCCUGAUCAACUUAGCCUAUGUUUCCGAUGUGGACAUCAUUAAUGACCGCACCGAGACUCCACCCCCACUAGCAUCACUGAAUGUUAGCAAGCUUGCCAAUCGAGCACGGACAGAAAAGGAGGACAAGCUGUCCCAAGCCUAUGCAAUCAGUGCUGGGGUUUCUGUGGAGGGCCAACAGCUAUUCCAGACGAUUCACAAAACCAUCAAAGACUGUAAAUGGCAGGAGAAGAACAUUAUUGUGAUGGACGACGUCGUAAUCUCGCCGCCUUACCAGGUUGAGAACUGCAAAGGCAAAGAGGGAAGCGCUUUAAGUCAUGUACGCAAAAUAGUUGAGAAACAUUUUAGAGACGUGGAAAGUCAGAAGACCAUGCAACGUUCACAAGCACAGCAAACACAGAAGGACUCCACUUUAUCUUCUUGAGUUGGCAGUGCGGGUCGGCCGGGGAAGGCGACGCGGGGGUUUUGUUCCCACUGCCAGACUAAUUCGGCAUUCCUUGUCCUCAGUCCGAGACCACAAGGAGGAGCGCUGAGGGCCCUGGAUCCAGAAGAUCAAAAUACCAUGAAAUGAAAAAAAAAGACAAAAAAGAAAGAGGAAAGAUUAAAUCUUAAAUUAGACUUUAUAAAGAAUAAUUUAAACAUGAACCAUAAAGCAACCAUAGUUUCCUUAACUAACUUGUCUCAUUCUGCCCCUACUCCUCCCCCCCCUCACCCUCCCUCCCUCCCCCACCCCCUCCUCUCCCUGAAGUCUUUUUCUUUUUUCCGCCCUCCUUCCUUUGCCUUCAGUUCCAUUUCAAAAAGAGAAAACUAGAGCAGUCAGAAAGGCUUGUUAGCUUUAUUUUCUGUCAUCGUUUCCUUUUUUGCUGUAUCCAUGUUCUACUGUCUGUAUUUUCUGUAUUUUAAACAAAAUGUGACUUGAAAUGCCACACUUUAAAGGACAUUUUCUAAAAUAAAAGUAACAAAAAUUC